AUGCUAACGCUGUCGUUUACUAGUGGAUACCCACUCAUAUCCCUCGUUCUUUUACACUGGGGAUCUGCUGGCACCUUCGCCUGGCUGCUUGCCGGAGCUGUCGCUGCUGUGCUAAGCGGUUGUGGCUGGGUAUUAUCCUUUUCCUUUCAGCCCUCGGCAUUUUCUCGUGAUGGUGGUCUCCCCCUGGCCAGUUACCUAACCUAUGUCCACCCCCGAACCAACACGCCCAUUUAUGCUGCGGGCGCAUUGGCGUUGGGCUCAAUCGUGGUCCUUCUUCUUGCGCUCUCAGCGAUUGCGAGCAGCGUCAUCUACUCCCUGGCUGUCAUGGUAACGCUCAUGACGAUGGCUUUGCCCAUUGGUCUCCGACUUAUUGCGGGGGAUCGGUGGAUUCCAGGCCCGUGGAAUCUUGGGGCCUUUAGCAAGCCUGUGCACCUAUGGGCUCUCCUCGUCCAGCUCUACCUGAUUGUCAUGGAGUCUUUCCCAGCUGACCCAACGUGGACCGCCGAGACAUUCAACUACAACUGGGUGGUAGCUCUGGUCACUAUCGUUUUGUCGUCAUUCCUCUACUUGAUCUUCGGCGCCAGUUACAAAGGCAUCGACCUUGACGCGCUGGACAGACACAGGCGACAGGAGCAGCAAGUCGGCAGUGAAUAA